AUGGCGGAGGCGGCUUUGGACGCGGUGCGGAGGGAGUUACGAGAAUUCCCGGCUGCCGCCAGGGAGCUCAGUGUGCCUCUUGCUGUGCCUUACCUGGAUGAGCCCCCCACUCCACUCCACUUCUAUCGGGACUGGGUCUGCCCCAAUAGGCCUUGCAUCAUCCGCAACGCCCUGCAGCACUGGCCAGCUUUGCAGAAGUGGUCCUUCCCAUAUCUCAGAGCCACAGUGGGCUCCAUAGAGGUGAGUGUGGCUGUGACCCCUGAUGGUUAUGCGGAUGCUGUACGAGGGGAUCGCUUUAUGAUGCCUGCUGAGUGUCGCCUGCCCCUGAGCUAUGUGCUGGAUGUGCUAGAGGGCCAGACCCAGCACCCAGGAGUCCUCUACGUGCAGAAGCAGUGCUCCAACCUGCUCACCGAGCUGCCCCAGCUACUGCCUGAUCUAGAGUCCCACGUGCCCUGGGCCUCCGAGGCACUGGGGAAGAUGCCUGAUGCUGUAAACUUCUGGCUGGGGGAUGUGGCUGCAGUGACAUCCUUACAUAAGGACCACUAUGAGAACCUCUACUGCGUGGUCUCUGGAGAGAAACACUUCCUGCUACAUCCACCCAGUGACCGGCCCUUCAUCCCCUAUGAGCUAUACACACCAGCAACCUACCACCUCACUGAAGAGGGCUCCUUUAAUGUGGUGGAUGAAGAGGCCAUGGAGAAGGUACCCUGGAUCCCACUGGACCCAUUGGCUCCAGAUCUGGCCCGGUACCCCGGUUACGGUCAGGCCCGGGCCCUUUGCUGCACCGUACAGGCCGGUGAGAUGCUCUAUCUGCCGGCCCUGUGGUUCCACCACGUCCAGCAGUCCCAUGGCUGCAUUGCUGUGAACUACUGGUAUGACAUGGAGUAUGACCUUAAGUACAGUUACUUCCAGCUGCUUGACUCCCUCACUAAGGCCUCAGGCCUCGACUGA